AUGUCGACACUAACACUCCCCUCUCCAGGGGAUGUUCAUCACCCUAAGAAAAUUAUGACAUUACCAAAAAUAGAACAUCCAUCAACAAAAAUGAACACAUUGGAUCGAGCUAAUCUCGAUGUUCGUGGCAGUUCACGAGCACAAAAUAGAGGUAAUUCGAUGGAACGAACGUCAAACGAUUUCAUCACUGGUCGACCAUUAGCCAGUGAACUUGACUCUUAUCCAGCGUCACCAUCAAGACAACAGCAAAGAAAUAAACGUCGAAAUAGUUCCAGAUCAUUCAACGAUGGGCGAUCAAAACAUCAAUUAGCACCUUUGAAUGACUAUUCGAAAAUACCUGAAAAUGGACAAUAUGGAACAGAUACAAACAAAGUGAGAUUACCCGUAUUUGGUAUGUAUUAAAUAAAUAAUAAUACUAAGAACGUAAUAUCAGAGAUAUCUGAGAGAUUUCGAAAAAAAUACUUCACUUAGAUAUAUUUUUAGAGAGCCACCCGCUUUCAGUGGCAAAUAAAUCGAUUUAAUUGAUGUUAGUAUAUACAGAAACUUUUUGGAACAUAAUAAGAACAUGUGUGAUUAGUGGUGAGAUCCAGAGUUGUUUACUAGAAGUCCUAAAAUUCGUACUAUGUGCUGCUGUCUCUAUAUUUUUUCUAAAUUGAAGAAAACAAAUGAUUUCGAUAAAAUAUCUACUGUUUGAAUGAGAUAAGUGAUUUUCAAACUUUUCUCGAAUCAUGCUUAACACUACUUUGUCAAAAUUUUCGUAUAUAAUCAUCUACGUCUAUUUAGACGGUGAACAUUAUGUCUUUAUCUGAAACAGUUUACGGGUAGUAACAAAAACACUUAUUCUAUCCGUUUACUGUGAAUUUUUUGUCAACUUUUCGUUGUCAAUUUGUGAGAAACAAUAAAUACAAUUUUUGUCUGUUUUGUAUGAUUUACUAACGCUACGUAUAAUUUAGCCGACAAUUAGGGGUAUGACAAUUCCAUAUCAACUCCUAUCAUAGGAACUGUUGAAAAGCUCUUUCGAACGGAGCUGAUAUGUUUGAACAGUUCUGUUGAAAGGAGCUGAUAUGUUCGAGCAGCUCACUAGUCGUCUAGACAAAGUUUAAACGUCCCGAAUGUCCAUUAAACGUUCAUAUCAGCGAAGUUCUGCAAUCAUAAAUAGAAGCAUAUAAAAUGGUCAAUUUUUUAUUCCUCAGAUAAGUAUGGUUAAAAAGUAAAAUAAAAGAAGUAUGACCUUUGUAAGAAAAGCAGACUAAAGAAAAGAUUAAAGUUUAUCUUUUAGGAACGUUGAAUAUUUCAAGUUUUUAGCUGAGAGAGAAGACCGUGUUUUUCGAGCAACAUAGCCUGCGAUUGAGAAUGCG